UGAGGCAUUGGAGGGCAGGACCCCAAAGAUGCAUUCAUUCAGAGGCAUCACCCCUGGAGCCAACCCCAGGCAUCCAAAACUCGCUGAGCUGCAUUCCCACAUUGACCCGCUUUGGAGACCACUGAGAGAAAAACUUCAUGACGGAUCAAGUGGCCAGUGCAAACUCUCAUUUUGCCCUUGAUCUCUUCCAAAAGUUGAGCGAAGCCGACUCAACAGGCAAUAUCUUCUCUUCUCCACUUAGCAUGACCCCUGCACCCGCCAUGGUCUUCUUAGAGGCCAAAGGUGACACGGCAACACAACUCUUGAAGACAUUUCAUUUUGAUGGUGUUGAAGACUUCCAUUUAAGACUCCAAGCACUCAGUAUUACGGUAAACCAGAGCAAUGUCCCUUACGUACUGAAGCUUGCUAAUAGGUUGUAUGGAGAAAACACCUAUACCUUUUUGCAAGAUUACUUGACUAGAACUCAGAAGCUAUAUGGUGCAGAACUAUCCAUGGUAGAUUUCCUAAAUGUUGCAGAAAGUAUGCGAAAACAAAUUAACCAGUGGUUUGAGAGUUGGACUGAAAGCAAGAUUAGUGAAGUGUUAUCUGAAGGUUCUGUUAAUCAACUGACCAAACUGGUUCUGGUGAAUGAGAUUUACUUUAAAGUAGCUGGAAAGAGAAGUUUCAAGAAGAAACUAGGCUCAGCAAGAAGGAAAAAAAAGAAUGUGAAGAUGAUGCUCAUGAAAAAGAAAUUUCCUUUUGGUUAUAUUGCUGAAUGCAAAUGUCGAGUGCUGGAACUACCUUACCAGGGAAAAGAGCUUAGCAUGAUCCUCCUACUGCCUAAUGAUAUUGAUGAUUCCACUGGCCUAGAGCAGCUGAAGAAGCAAUUCACUUUAGGCAAGCUCCAGGAGUGGACACAGCCCAGAAAUAUAUAUUCUUGCAAUGAAAUCUAUGUACACCUGUCUAAAUUUGAGCUGGAAGAGAGCUAUGAUCUUAAGACUUAUUUAGCAGUAGUGGACUGCAGGGUGUCUUUUGAUGCUGACAAGGAACAUUUAUCUGGCAUGUUGGGAACCCAUGACCUCCACGUGUCCAAAAUAGUUCACAUGUCCUUUGUGGAAGUGAAUGAAGAGGGGACGGAAGCAGCAGCAACAGCUGUAGCAGUGAUAUGAUGCAGCCUGCCCAUGGAAGACUUUAAUGCUGACCACUGUUUCCUCUUCUUUAUU